CACACAGAUUUCUUGAGCCAUCAAAGUUCAUCAAAAAACAAGUUUCCACUUCUCAAUCUCAACAAUGGCAUCUCGAUUGCUUUUAAUCGGUCUUGUCUUCGUGGCGAGUUGUUCGCUUGCUUUGGCUUCAGACCCAAGUCCCCUCCAGGACUUUUGUGUUGCUGAUCCAAGUGGCCGAGUACUCGUGAAUGGUGUGGAGUGUAAAGAUCCAAAUCUUGUGAAAGCCGAUGAUUUCCUUUUUCGUGGGCUCAAUCCUAUGGGAGAUACAUCGAUGGGGGUUGGAUCGAACGUGACUGCCGUGACUGUAGCAGAGUUACCAGGACUCAACACUUUUGGAAUUUCGAUGGCUCGUAUCGACUUUGCACCACAGGGUAUUAACCCUCCUCACACGCACCCUCGGGCCACUGAAAUCUUGGUUGUCAUUAGUGGUAGACUUGAGGUUGGUUUUGUAACAUCUAACCCUGACAACAGUCUCUUGACGAAAGUACUUGAAAUGGGUGAUGUUUUUGUGUUCCCACAAGGUCUAAUUCACUUCCAAAGGAACGUCGGACAUGGUCUCUUUGUCGUAACUUGUUCUCUUGCUUCGGCUUUUGACCAUGGCCCGCUCCAAGAUUUUUGCGUCGCCAUGCCUAAUAGCCCAAGUAAGAUUUAA